AAAUCAAAGAUACUGAUCUUUGCUACUUCAAUUUUGCUAUCUCAUCAUGGACCCUUUUGGACACCACCACCACCAUCACCACCGUCGCGACGACGACCGUGAAGAUGAAUUUCCACCUCCUGGUCGUCGUUACGACGAACCACCACCACCUCAUGUUAGCCAUGUGUAUCAUGCUUCCCAUGAAGGUGGUGGUAGUGAGCCCACUUACGGCCGCCCUGAUUAUCCACCUCCACAGAUGGAUAAUACUUACGGCCGCCCUGAUAAUUAUGGGCGGCCUAAUUAUGGCGAUCCACCACCACCAAGAUCUGAUUAUUAUGAGGGCCCACCACCACCACAACCACAAACAGGAUAUCCCUCAGUUGAACACGUGUCACAUGAGAGUGAGAGUGUUCGUGAUGAUGAUCGUCAUCAUCGUUUUCAACCACAUGUGCCUUCAUUUUUCCAUCAUCAAACUAGUUCAGAUCCAGAGCUUAUGGAGAAACCUUCAUUUAGGGUUUAUACUAAGGCUGAUACUGAUUAUUCUCUUACUAUCCGUGAUGGGAAAGUUGUUCUUGCUUCUAAUGAUCCAUCAGAUCCAUUUCAACACUGGUAUAAAGAUGAGAGGUACAGCACUAAAGUGAAGGAUGAAGAGGGAUUUCCAAGCUUUGCUCUGGUUAACAAAGCUGCAGGACUGGCCAUUAAGCACUCUAUUGGCGCCGCUCAUCCUGUGCAGCUCGUCCCCUAUGACCCCAACCAUCUUGAUGCAUCAAUCUUGUGGACAGAGAGCAGGGACGUGGGUGAUGGUUAUAGAGCAAUUAGGAUGGUUAAUAACAUUAACCUCAAUAUGGAUGCAUGGAAUGCUGAUAAAGCGCAUGGAGGUGUCCGCGACGGGACCACUGUUGCUCUUUGGGAGUGGUGGAAAGGAGACAACCGGAACCAGCACUGGAAGAUCGUCCCCUACUGAUAUCUUGGCGAGUGAAUCAUGGCUGAAUGAGUUCGAAUCGAUAGAGUUUGAUGCUUGUGUUUUUCUUUUCAUGUGGCUUGUUAUGUGUUUUGUACUGUAUUCAAUCUACCUCCAAAAUAGUAAACGUAUAAUGAAAAUAAGAGGGGAAAUGCUAUGUAUGUUGUGGGAGAUGUCAUGGCUACAGCAUGUGACUUGUAUUUCUUAUUUGGUGUUAUACCAAAUUAAAGCUUGUUGGUGAGUGCAGGGUGCCUGUAUGUAAAACCCUGUAUCAAUUUGAUGUUUUUAAUGUCUAGAUACAUAUUUCUGUGAUGCUAAA